UCGUAUACCUGUACUAUAGUAUACCUCGUUAUAGCGAGAUAUUCAGUUUUACCGAAAUUUGAUUGCCAAAUCAGUGGCAUCUGGAUAGCAGAUUAACCUUUGUUGCAUGAUUGUCGUUUACAUUCGUUAAAGUACUGAUAUUAUAACCCCCACUGCUCACAUAACAUUCUUCAAGACAAGCAGGAAGCAAAUGAAGGACUCUUAAGUAUUAUGACGUCAAUGCAAUGCCAAUGAUAUACAUACUCAGCUUUAUUCAGAAGUCGAACUUUUCAAGCGCUGAAAUGUUCACGGAAUGCACAUGAAAAGUUCAGACUUCAAAAGCACAUGCACACGGAUGAAAUCCUUUUUCAUAUUAUACUUUUGAAAAACCAGAGUUUUCCCAAACUAAGAUUGUAUAGAACAAUUUUUCGUAUCACAUAACUAACAUCGACCAUUUUCUGUGCUUUUUAUAUAGUGACUUAUUAGUUAAGUAGGACUUUGAUAUAACUAUGGAACGGCAGAACGUUAAUCGAUUCCAGGUAAAACAAGAGAAAAUCAAAGUGUUGACAGUGACCGUUGUCAAAGCAAAUCGUGUGGUUGUUAGAGGAUUUUUUACCAAAUUUGAGACUCCAGAUCCUUAUGUCAUGCUGAGAGUUCAUACCAGUCCUAAUAGCAGACAACGGACAAAGGUCCAGUCAGAUACUUAUAAUCCUGUUUGGAACGAAAGUUUUACAUUCUACUUGCAUCAUGACAAGAAAAACACAUUAGAAAUUACAAUGAAAGAUGAAGAUUAUGGUCCAGAUGACAUGAUUGGUGCACAUGAACUUGAGUUGGAUGAUUUACCUAUGGACACUGAAAUCACGAAAAUAUUGCAUGUUAACAAGAACACAACUCUCGAGCUCAAGUUGAUGAUAAAAUUCGAUGAAACAAAAGAAUUGAGACUUAGUUACGACUUAUGUGAUGAAGAAAAGGCUUUUGUACAGAAGAGAAAAGCUGAAAUUUUAAAACACAUGCCAAGAAUUUUGGAUGAAAAUACAGCCCCAAGGAGCAUUGAGGAGGUACCAACAAUUGGGAUCAUGGGAUCAGGAGGUGGAUAUAGGGCUGUAUGUGGAUUAUCAGGCGUAUUUUGUGCUCUUCAAGAAGCUGGAAUACUCGACUGUUCUUCAUAUGUAACUGGAUUGUCAGGCUCUUCAUGGUAUAUUUCCACAUUAUACCAACACGAAGGUUGGCCUGACAGUAUAUCAUGUCAAGUCAUGGCUCAUGAGCUGAAAACGAAAUUUCAGACAGGUUUAUUGAGCCAUUUUCAUGCUCACUUUUUUACACAAAUGAGAGAAAAAGCAAAACGUGGUCAACUUGUCCGACUGGUUGAUUUAUUUGGGUUGUUCAUUGGAGAUUGUUUACUUGAUAAUCAAGAGUCCAGACUAAGCCACCAAAGUCAAAAAGUGAAGUAUGGUGAUGUUGCCCUCCCAAUUACAACUGGUAUUCGUGUUCGAUUAGAUUUACCAGCAGCUGAAUUUAGUGAAUGGGUAGAAUUCACGCCAUAUGAAUAUGGCAUGGCUAAAUAUGGCGUGUUCGGGAAAACUUCAGAAUUUGGUGGCAAAUUUUACAAAGGAAGUUUGGUAAAGAAAUUUAAAGAAUCCCGGUUGUCAUAUUUACAAGGAAUUUGGGGCAGUGCGUUUGGUAUUAUUCUCAAUACAUUACAUGACAGGAAAAACAAAUCCGAAAGUGAAGCCGAAGAGGAACUAAAGGAAAUCGCAAUUGAGGAAGCAAAGCGAUGUAAAACUGCCGAUGAUGAUAGUGAUGAUGAAGAUGAAACAGAUGGAUUACCCGAAGACGAAAUCAAAGAUGGGCAUUGGUUAGCUGAUGCACUCAAUCCUUACAAUCUAAUUGCGUCUCGACGAGGAAAGGCCGCUGAAGUCUUUAACAUAUUACGAGGAUUGCAAUUUAAGAAAGAAGAAGACUGUGAUUAUGACGAGGUACAUGGCAACUGUAAGACGAUGUGUUUGGUGGACAGCGGCAUCGCGUUCAAUUCCCCUUAUCCCACAUUACUACGUCCUGAACGCAAAGUCGAAAUAAUCUUGUCGUUUGACUUCAGUCAGAGAGAUGGCGGUGAUACAGAACUAUCUUUUAAAAACAUUAUAAAAGCUGAAAACUGGGCAAGGGAACAUGGACUACCGUUCCCACAAAUCGUCGGAAACCCAGUCCUUGAAAAUCCCGAAAUUCAAGAGUGUUACGUUUUUGAGGAUCUGGCAAAUCCUGAUUGCCCAAUCGUAUUACAUUUUCCUCUUGUGAACAAAUCAUUUAGGGAUUUCAGUGCUCCAGGGGUACCACGAGUGGACGAAGAGAGUAAAGACUUUGGAAACUUCGCUAUUUUUGACGAUCCUGAUAAACCUUACUCUUCGUUUAAUUUCCAAUACACUGAAAGGAGUUUUGACAGACUCCAUGAACUUAUGAAGUACAAUACUUCGGCAAAUUUAGACAUCAUCAAAGAGAAGAUUGCAUAUCGAACCAAUUUCAGAAGAAAUAAUCCCUACAAUUUCUGUGAAUAAUUGCAUCUAGUGCCAUUUACUAAUUGACAUUGCUUUAGCAAAAAGCCAAAACUGCAAAAUUAUCUAAGUUAUUGUGACGUAUUAUGAGGCUGAUAUC